UGCGCUGUGUCAUGCGGACACAGUGUAUCACCGAUCACGGAAAGAGCCAAAGAUGUCGGCUCGGUCAUGUGACAGCUGUGUCCAAUCACAGCUGAUCACUGAUCAUCAGGGCACUGAUGAUCAGUGUGGCCCCAGAAGUGCCAUCUGUCAGUGUCCAUCAGUGCCUAGUGCCAGUGCCCAUCAGUGCCACAUAUCAGUGCCCAUCUGAGCUGCCUUUCAAUGUCACCCAUCAGUGCCACCUAUCAGUGCUGCCUAUCAGUGCCAGUCAGUGCUGCCUAUCAAUGCGCAUCAGUGCCGCCUAUCAGUGCCAGUCAGUGCCUCCUAACAGUGCCAGUCAGUGCCGCCUAACGGUGCCAGUCAGUGCCGCCUAUCAGUGC